AUGGCGGCCUCACCUUCUGUUGCCGUUGCAGACGGCAAACGAAACUCGAAAAAGCCUCACAUCACAGAGACGCCCAUAACGUGGGCAAACUGGUACCAACAUGUCAACUGGCUGAACGUCUUCUUUAUCAUCGUUGUCCCGCUCAUGGGCUUCGCCGCCGCCUAUUCUUAUCCACUUCAGCGCGCCACCGCCGUCUUUGCCGUUAUCUACUACUUUAAUACCGGAUUGGGCAUUACAGCGGGCUACCAUCGCCUGUGGGCGCAUUCUUCAUACCGAGCGUCAACCCCUCUCAAGAUAUAUCUGGCGGCUGUCGGCGUUGGCGCUGUCCAGGGCUCUAUUCGAUGGUGGUCGAGGGGCCACCGCGCUCAUCACCGGUAUACUGACACAGAAAAGGACCCCUAUUCCGUGCGCAAAGGCUUCUGGUAUUCCCACCUAGGCUGGAUGGUGAUGAAGCAAAACCCCAAGAACAUCGGCCGGGCCGAUAUUACCGACCUGAACGAGGAUCCGAUCGUGAUAUGGCAGCAUCGGCACUAUAUCAAGGCUGUUCUCUUCAUGGGCCUCAUCUUCCCUACACUGGUCUGCGGCAUUGGUUGGGGCGAUUGGGUGGGCGGUUUCAUCUACGCUGGUAUUCUACGGGCGACGUUUGUGCAACAGGCCACGUUUUGCGUCAAUUCUUUGGCCCACUGGUUAGGAGACCAGCCCUUUGAAGAUCGAAAUUCGCCCCGCGACCAUGUCAUUACGGCCCUAGUGACAUUGGGUGAGGGCUACCAUAACUUCCACCACGAGUUCCCGUCCGACUACCGCAACGCUAUCGAGUGGUGGCAGUACGACCCGACAAAGUGGGCUAUCUGGAUGUGGAAGCAGCUCGGCCUGGCAUACGACCUCAAGGAGUUUAAGCAGAAUGAAAUUGAAAAGGGCAGACUGCAGCAGCAGCAAAAGAAGCUAGACAUCAGGCGGUCCAAGCUAGACUGGGGCACCCCGAUUUCCCAGUUGCCCGUCAUGACCUGGGACGACUUCAAAACCGAGGCGGCAAAGGACGACGGGAGAGCCCUCGUGGCCAUCGCCGGUGUUGUCCAUGAUGUGGCGCACUUUAUCAAGGACCACCCCGGCGGCAAGACGUUCAUUUCCUCGGCCAUUGGUAAGGACGCGACAGCCACCUUCAACGGCGGUGUGUACCAGCAUUCCAACGCCGCGCAUAAUCUGCUCUCUACAAUGCGCGUCGGAGUCAUCUACGGAGGUGGCGAGGUGGAGAUCUGGAAGCGUGCCCACUCUGAGAAGCAGAACGGUUUUAUCAUGCAGGAUAAUACAGACCAUCAUAUUGUACGAGCUGGCGAGCAGGUCACAAAAGUCUCUCCUCAGCAGAACGGUGCCACCACAGUUUAG